AUGAACAGCGGUACCUCGCUUGACGGAAUUUCCACUAUGAGUAUAUACGCGAGUGCAAAGGCCGGAAUCGAUGCCCAUACGAAGAUUCUGGCCAAGGAAGUUGCCCCAUUCAAUAUCCGCAUCCUGACUGUUGUUCUCGGAACGCUCAACACAAGCAUACCCAAUUCAGUGGCUUUGGGCAAGGCUUCCCUGCCUGAAGACUAA